AUGGCAGAACUUGCGGCGAGUCAUGUUUAUGUCCCCGUUUCUCGUGGCAUUCCAUUUCUGAGUGGUAAUCUUUUAGCUACCUUAGGCUGCAAAAAAUGGACUUCGACACGUACAGUGUUACUUCUUCGUCAUGUCUGUCAAUCAGCGAUUGCAAAUGAUACUUCUCUGUUCGAACAAAAACAAGCAAAGGACAAGUAUAAUGCACUCAACUCUUUCUCAAAUUUUCCAAGAUCACGAUGUACAUUUGCUACAAAUACAGGCAUCAGGAGAAAGGAUAAUAACUCAACGAGUUUAAAACUGUAUUCUGGAUUUCACCGGGGAGAUGUCAACAAACUAAAACGGGAGUAUCUCUAUUCUCGACGGCAUUUUAACACGGCAUCAAUGGUGGAAGCUUGCCCUAAGGCGGUGCAGCCAUUUUUGCGCUUGAUUCGUUUUGAUAAACCAAUAGGAACAUGGUUGUUGUAUUUACCAUGCACAUGGAGCAUAGGACUUGCGGCUUCUCCAGGCAUCUUACCAGAUCUCCAGUUGUUAGCUCUGUUUGGACUAGGGGCCCUAGUGAUGAGAGGGGCGGGGUGCACUAUUAAUGACAUGUGGGAUGUGGACUUUGAUAAAAAGGUAAAUACCAUUACUGUAUGGGGAUAGCGACGUGACUAGGAGAGGGAUUCUACUUUGGAACUACUGAGACAUUUGUUGAUUUCAGUUGUUCCCAAUCCUCAUUUAACACAGCUGCAGAGUAACUGAGGGCUUUUGAUAGCAUGAGAAAACAGCCGACAUUUCACGAUGCUACCACUGGUUUUCCCCGGAAAAUAAUGUCUGAGAAACGAGUGCAGAAAUUCCAUACUGAUGACAUGUGAUCUGGGUAGUAAUAAUGUUAUAAUGUGUCAUCAGUAAAGAAUUUCUGCACUCAUUAUGAUGUCAUUUUGGGGGGAAACUAUUGCUGGCAUCACAGAAUGUUAGCUGUUUUCUCAGGCUAAGCUUUCAACAGCUUCAUUGUAAACCUAACAGAAGCUGGUGUAUGGCUAAAGAUAGUUAAUUUGCCUUUUUACUAUUUGUGUGUUUGUUUCUUUAUUCCCAGGUUACUCGUACCAUUUCUAGACCCUUAGCAGCCGGUUCUGUUACUUUUUUCCAAUCUUUGGUAUUCCUUGGAGCACAGUUGUCAAUUGGGUUGGGAAUAUUACUCUCUCUUAACACUUACAGGUAUCUGAAUAUAUUAUGACAGUCAUCAAUCAAACCAUGACAACCACUCUGGUAUUAUUAACAAAUUUUGAUUUGAUAAGGUAGAUUGGCCACUGUAUUGGUGGAUUGAGAAACUGAUAAUUUGAGCACUAUUUGUUUAUCAGAGGUAAUUAUUAAUGACCUUCAGAAUGAACAGAUUCACUUUAGAAAAAGGCCAGGGCUUGAAUUUAAGGCCAGCUUCUCAAUCCCCCUAAAACAGUGGUCGAUCGACCUUAUCAACUAUGUUAAUAAAACCAGAAUGUUUAUAUUUCACUUGUUAACCAAUGCAUCUCUACAGUUUCUUUAGAAAUUACCCCUUCACCCCAACCCAUUUUGUUACAGUGGUACUAGUCAGUUGUUAGAAAAAUUAUUUUAAGCGAAACAUAAAAUACAAAAAUUGAUGCCAUUUGACAAACAAAAGAUUUUUUUCUGAUUAUGCACAGCAGUUAUACUCUAUGGUGUGUUUAUGUUUCCAAUGAGUUAAGUUAUGUGAGGAUCCAUUUGUAGAAUUUCCAACAUUUACAGGUUUUGAGAUCCCCACAAAGGCUUAAUAAGUGAUCCUUUUUUUUAGGAGGCAGCGUGGUCGAGUGUUUAGAGCGCUGGAUUUGCAAUUCGGAGGCCCCAAGUUCAAGUCACGCCCUGACCACCAGCCGGAUUUGUUCACGGUAGUCCCGAGUUCAAAUCCUCGAUCGCGCUUGUAAAUAGCCAGCUGGUUUGUCUCCGGCCAGCUGGGAUUCUUAACCCUGUUAAGUUCAAUUUGAAUUAUUUGUUUCAGGCAUUUGCUUGGCCCCACUAGCAUAAGUGGUAUAAAUUCUGCUGAGGUUAAAUGAAAUUAUUAUUAAAUUUAUUUAUUAUUAAAAAGGAAUGAAUCCCCCUAAUUUAUUGUGUUUAGGAGCUUAAUGAUGAACUUUUUUGAUCAAGCUGACCAUUCCCCAUCUUCGUUUCUGCUUUUCUUUACCAGCUAGUUUAAGCUUGAGAAUUUCUCGGGCCAAAAAUUUAACUUGGUUUUAUGUUUUUGUGUGUGUGUGUUUCCUCAAACAGUAUUGUGCUUGGUGCAUCAUCGCUUUGUCUUGUCAUAACUUAUCCAUAUAUGAAACGGAUCACAUAUUGGCCUCAAGCCUUCCUUGGUAAGCGACCAGGUCACAUCCUUGCAACCAAUAAUAACUAUUUUAGUUGAACCUCUCCACAACAGUCACCUUGGGGCAGAAGAAAGUGGCCAUUGUAGAGAGGUGUUUACAAACAAGAGUCAAUGUAUGAACCGUCCGCCAAAAAAACUGGAUGUUGUAGAGAGGUGGCCAUUGUAGAGAGAUGGCUGUUACUGGAGGUUGGACUGUAUUAACAGAACUUUGAACUUACACCAGUCACAAGAAUGCCAUUUAUUAUAUCUGCUUAUACUAAUAUCCACUCUUUGUGUUUUUUUCUUACCUACUUAGUUUUUAGCCAUGCCGUAAAUUUUCCACAUCUGCAGUGACAGCUGUUUAAUUAAACAAGUUCCGUUCUUUGCAUUUUUUCUUAGCUUCAAUGUAGCUGUCCCCUCUGUUUUCCACAUCUGCAGUUUGUAUAAUUACAUCUGCCCAUGUACUUGAAUGUGCUUAUUGUAUUACUUGCCCCUUUAAUUUGUGCCAUGACUUCUUCUUUUUUCAACCACACCCCACAAGUGCAUUAUUUUUCUUGUAAUAGGCCUGACAUUUAACUGGGGCGCACUUCUUGGCUAUUCUGCUGUCCAAGGAAGCUGUGAUUGGUCAGUUUGCUUGCCACUGUAUUUAGCAGGAAUCAACUGGACGCUUAUUUAUGAUACUAUCUAUGCUCAUCAGGUUGGUUGGCAGAAAGAUUCUCUUUACUUCAAUUUUUGCAUUUUAAUCUUGUACUUGUUGGUUGCUAUAAUAUUAUUGGGAAUAAAUAUUGUCUUUACGUAUGAGCUAAGGCUGUUACAAUACAUCAAACUAUCGAUUAAACACAAUAUUAACGCAGCAAUAGCAAUGAAUCGAUAGCAAAAAUGAAACAUCAAUAACGAUCACAAUAGUGUAGCAAACUAUUGAUAGUUUUGAUAGUUUCUAUACUUCUAACAUUUUGAUGUCUUUGGAAAAUAAAGGCACCUUUUUUACCCAUCCUUGAUUCUUAAGGUCACAAUAAUGGUAAAAAAUAAACCGCAAACAAUCUCCCAUGCUACUGCACCUAGAAUGUUUAAGUGUCUUGAUUCUUGAACCGCACAGUAACUGUAUUGUAUGACCACCACUUCUUAGUUAUUUCUUAAAGUAUAAGGCAUUAAUUAAAAACAGAUAUUCCUGAAAGCUAUCGCAACACUAUUGCAAUAGUACCUCCACCAUCGCAAUACUAUCGCAAUAUCCGUGUGGCCUAUUGCAAUACAGUUGCAGUAGUUAAAAUUUCCCCAAUACUCAACCCUAAUGUAGGCAUGGAAGUAAUCUUGCCAUAGCUUUGUUUUGCAUUUUGAUAAAUUACGUAACUAUUUAAAUGGAAAAGCACAUUGAUUGACUGCGCUUCAUGCAAGAACAGUCUGCUGUGAGUGUAUCUUUCACAGAAGUAGAGAGUGAUCUUCCUCAUUUAGUUUUGGUCAUCAGAGUAGGCAUCUUGAUAGUGCUGACAUCCAGAGUGUUUUGCUAUGGGGUUGAAACGUGUAACUCUCAUUUGCUUGCUUUGUCUGAUGCUCGGGAUUAUUCAUUUUUGAAAGUACCAUAUUUGGAAUGAGAAGAAGAGAUAACUGACCAAUCACACUUCGUAAACAACGUGGCCUAAUUUUACUUCAGGUUCCCAUGCCUGCUUAAAAACAAUGGCCAACAAACAGGGGAAAAACUCCCGAAAGCUGAGAAAGUUUUCAAAGGUUGAAACCAGGAAUCUUACCGAAACACUGAGCGGGAUAUUAUUGCCUUACCUCCUGGGCCAAAUGUAACAUUAUGAAACCCACUGACGUCCUCGCAACUUCUUGAAGUUGUCACUUCAAAAAGCGAUGUUGAAAAUGGUGUCUGUCACGAAGGUUUCCAAAUAUGGCAAAAGUGAAUAUUCACGAGCAUUGAACGCGAGUUACACAUUUCAACCCAUUAUGAGUUUCUGCUUUGACUUAAUACAGUUUCAGCUUUUCAGGUGAUCUAAAAACCAGGCUUUAUAGUUGUAGUGUACUAACUCUUCACCCACCUGUUCUCCAUGUUUUGGUAAUGUUUUUGUUUGUUUGGUUAUUUGUUAUUUUUGUGAGUAAAGAUAACUUUUCUGAAUGAGUGAAUCCAGUAUCUUGAUACAAUUAUGUGUGUUAUUUAGCCAGUCAUUCUUAAGUCAACCUUAAAAACUAUUAUUUUAUGCCUGUUAAAGGAUAAGACAGAUGAUGUGUUUAUUGGUGUCAAGUCAACAGCACUGUUAUUUGGAGAUCAAACAAAACCUUGGCUGACAGGAUUUAGUGCACUGAUGUUAAGCAAUCUUGCUAUGGUUGGAAUUAACAGUGGGCAAACAUGGCCGUAUUAUGUUGGGUUAGGCUGUGUUGCAGCUCAUCUUUCUUGGCAGGUAAAAUACUUUUUAAUUUUAAAUUAUUUUAGUUAUAUAUUAUUAAUUGAAUGCAGGAUGCUUAAACCUGCAUUCAAGUUUGACUUAUUUUUUCACUAUAAAUAACCUCAUUGGGCCAUUUAACCUGCAAAUGCAGACAUAAUUUCCAGUUAUGGCUUCUCUCCUCUCGAAAAGUUAUUUUUGGGGAGGAGUGAAGCAGCUAUCACUGGAAACAGGUCUGUGUUUGCAGGCUACUGGACAACAGAUAAAAAAACUCAUAUUCAGAUCCUCAACGUUUUUACAAUUUCCUGUACACAGAGCCAUUGUUUUGCUCUACUUCCAGGGUGCAUUUGAGGAAUUGACCUUAUGCCAUUAUUGAGCUUUGAUCUGGCAUUUUUUGAUUAAAAAUCGCGGGAAGUUCAUACCGCCCAUCUCCGUUUAGGGUUGGACGCUAUCUUGACGAGGAGACGGUGGACAUUAAAAGACAAAUCAAAGAAGGCAUCCAUAUCAGACGCCAGCGUUCAACCCUAAACAGAGAUGAUGGUUAUAAACUUCCCGCGAUUUUUAAUCAUUUGUUGUCACGUGACUACAGUACAGCCAAAAAUAAUGCACGUGAUAUGCACGUGCAAGAAUUAGCGCAAGAAGUUGAUGCGCCGCAAGAACACGCAAGCCACGUGCCGUAUUUUUGCGGUUUACCCGCGAGAACUUUGAAACGCAAGAAGUCAAAAAUCUAGUACAUUGCCAAGGUAAAGAAUGAACAUUCAUGGAAUCAAUUGCCUUUGCUUAAGCUUGGGGCUGAAGCAAAUAGUCCAUGGUUAUUGCAUUAGACUUGAGCGUUUCAGGGCCUUACAAGUGCAAGUUCCUUUUCUUCUGGAAUGUUGUAACCUUUGUUACACAAACUUGGUGAAACAAGUGAAUAAUAGUAUCAUAAAGCACACUGUAUUUAUGUAAUAAUGAAAAGAUCAGAGUUCAAAACAAUGCACCACAAAGCAAAGCUGUCACAGUGAAUAACAAAAGAAAAAUAUUUUCCUUCCUGACGCGUCCGAGCUGACGCAGACGCUCAUCAGCGCCGACGCGUACCUUCGUCCGAGCUGACGCGUCCAUCGCGUCAGUUUCGCGUCUCCAUUGUUCGCAUAGCUCUGGCCUGCACUGUACAUUUUGCAAUGCCAUCACUUUUUUCCCCGUCAAAUGGCGUCUGAGAAACGAGCGCAGAAAUUCCAUACUGAUGAUGUGUCACUACCCAAAUCUGGGUGGUGCUUCUGAUUGGUCACGCCACGUGAGAAAUUUGAUUCAACCAAUCAGAAGCACUUCACAGACUCGGGUAGUGACGCUUCAUCAGUAUGAAAUUUCUGCGCUCGUUUCUCAGACGUCAUUUCGCGGGAAAACCAGUGGUUGCGACGCGAAAUGUGGACUGUUUUGUCAGGCUACGAGUUCUGAAACCUGCCAUUUUAUUCUAUCAGGGAGAACCAAGAGGUACAUGUACAAACAAUUCUGAUGUUUGUUAUCUGACACAACAUUCAUUUUUAUUUUGCAGAUUAAAACUGUGGACCUGUCUAAUUCAGCUGACUGCCUCUCAAAGUUUAAGUCCAGCAAAUGGUUAGGGCUGCUUCUUUUUGCUGGAAUUGUUGGAGGGACAGUUCUAAAAGAAUCCUCAAACAGUGAAAAUGAAGAGAUGAAAGCUUAA